GUCUGUCCGCACAGCCCACCGUAGUUCACAUUGACAGUAUCUGGGGAGUAAACCUACGAUAUUCCCCCCGGCAUUUCAUCAAAACAAAAACAAACGUAAUUUUCAACUGGUUUCCAGUCCUGUGUGGAGUUGCUGCAACUACUGGUGAAGAGAGUGGAGACAACCGACUGGUUUACUCUCAGUUUUUGUAGUUGUUUUCUUUCCUUUUUUUGUGUUAUGAAUCGAGGCAAAAUGUUGGUACUGAAAAAAUCAAGAAGUCCUUUUGCAUGGAUCUAAAGCUGUUACACCACACUCCUCUCCACUGAGCAUCUCUACAGCCACAAAGCAGCAAUGAAGUUGGCUUUGCAGAGUAUUGCAGGCAGCACAAUGAGCACAUUAACGACAGGUCUCCAGUAUCUCGGCUCCAACGAUGCCAGCUAUGACGAUACCUCCAUUGACUCGACUUUAAUCAAGAACCGUUUUCAUUUUGAGAAGCCUCACUCAAUUAGUAACGCUUUCCCUGGAAAUAAGGAAGUCAUUUACAACGGCCUCGCUCCCAUUUUCCCCACAAAUGUAUCAGACUUUCUGCUGAGUAAUGGCACCUCUGUGGAGAGUGGAGGGGCGGCACAGUGUGGGGAGGACUUUGUGGAUAACAUGGAGUGUUUUAUGAUUCUGACUCCCGAUCAGCAGCUCGCAGUCGCCAUCCUGGCUCUCAUCCUGGGCACAUUUACAGUGCUGGAGAACCUCAUGGUGCUCUGUGUCAUACUACACUCCCAGACACUUCGAUCUCGACCUUCAUACCACUUCAUAGGCAGUCUUGCUGUGGCUGAUCUGAUUGGCAGUAUCAUAUUUGUCUACAGUUUCCUGGAUUUUCACGUCCUCCACAGGAAGGACAGCCCCAAUAUUUUCCUCUUUAAGCUAGCGGGGGUCAUCGCCUCCUUCACUGCCUCUGUGGGCAGUCUGUUUCUCACUGCGAUCGACCGAUACAUCUCCAUCCACAGGCCCAUGGCGUACAAACGCAUCGUCACCAAGACUAAAGCAGUCAUUGCCUUCAGUGUGAUGUGGACCAUCUCCAUCGUCUUCUCACUGCUGCCUCUGCUGGGAUGGAACUGCAAGCGUCUCAACUCUGUCUGCUCGGACAUUUUCCCUCUAAUCGACCAAAAGUACCUGAUGUUUUGGAUUGGGAUGACAACAAUCUUGGUCUUGUUCAUCAUCUACGCCUACAUAUUCAUCCUCUGGAAGUCCCACAACCAUGCUGUCCGGAUGCUGAGUCGCAGCUCCCAGAGGAGUGUGAUUGUCUACACUGCAGAAGGGACUAAAGUACAGACGGUGAGACCAGAGCAGGCCCGGAUGGACCUCCGCCUGGCUAAAACCCUUGUUCUAAUCCUGGUGGCCCUCAUCAUCUGCUGGGGCCCACUUCUAUCCAUCAUGGUUUACGACCUCUUCGGAAAAGUGAACGACUCGAUCAAGACUGUGUUUGCCUUUUGCAGCAUGCUCACCCUGCUCAACUCCACCGUGAACCCUGUGAUCUACGCCAUGAGGAGCAAGGACCUGCGCAGGGCCUUCGUCAACAUCUGCCAUAUGUGCCGGAGAGCAACGCAGACUCUGGACAACAGCGCUGAGAGUGACUGGAACAGCAGGAGUGUGAGAAGCACAGCAGCAGGCAGGGCAGGGAAAGAUGGAGCAUGCUGUGGAAAAACUCAAAUAAAAGUAGCCCAGGUUUCUGUUUCUGGAGUGACUGAAACUUCUACAGCAGAGCCGGUCUAAAAGACAAGCUGCACUGCUCUGGUACAACUGUGAAGUUAUUGUAGAAUAGUCCCGACACUACUAAUGCACUGUUCUGUUACUGUGAAAUGUGCCAAAAAAGACUUAGAUACAGAACUGAAGAUCAAGUUUCUGAUGAUAAAAAUCCAACUGCAUGGUGGAGUGUGAUGAUACUCUGUUCAUGAUCUGUUGUUGAGAAAUUGUUUGUUGAGUUGCACAAUACUUAUUGACAAUGCCAACUGUAUCUCAAUACAUUCAGUAAACACUAUAGUUAUACUAAAACCAUAUUUUCUGCAACAGCGGUUAGAAGUGCAACACUCUGCUCCGUCACUGUUGCUGUAGUUUGGUUGUGCAUUAAGAUACAGAUUUAAGCUUAAAAGUAGAGAAAUAUGGUGUUCCCUUUGGUCCUUUGUUUUUUACACUACAUCAUAGCAAUAUUGUGACAGUAAUGCAAGGUGAAACUGUGUCUACCUUCAUGCAACAUGAACGUUUUAAAUGAGAGCACACUGCUUGUACUGUAAGUAUAAUUAGCAUCCCAUUAGUGAAAUCAGCUUUUGAUGAUUCUGUAAGACCAUGAUAUUGUGAAAUUUAGCCUUCUAAUUUUAUUUUAAUUUAUUUUUUGUUUAUUUUUUGUAUUUGUAUUUUGCAAAGCAAAAUGGUGAGUCAUACCUCGAAAUACAAACAGUUUUUUGAUCAAAUCAAAACUCAAGUCUGUAGUGAUUUGGGAAUGUUAGUUGCUUAACACGUGUGUUUAUGAAACAGUUCAAUCAUUUAGUGAGAAGCUACACUUUUGUA